GAAAGCCGGUUGAUCAACACAGCAAUAAAAAGUCAGCCAGUUUCAGGUUGUAAGCCAAACUCUCCGGAAUUCGCAAUCCGAACUGAUCACACUUGGAUCUCCACUCCUCCGAUUCUGUUUGGAUCUUACUUAAGCCGAUUAAAUUAAAUACCACCAUCACCGCCUGAUCAUCAUCAAGCAUUCCAUCGAAUUUCAACCGAACUGGCUUACAUACAUCCUCAAGAAAACCAUAAAUACAUAAAAAAACCACCUCAAGCUCACCCACCUCUCCCCGUGACCUGCAACCACAAAACAAGAUGUCCUCAUUCCUCAGCGACGCGAAGGCCCGGAUCCAGCACACCAACAAACUCUCACUGGCCCCCAAGGAUAUCAAGAACCUGGCCGAGAUCAUCUCAACCGAAAAGAGUGUACUGUCUACAUCCUCAAAACUAUCGGUUGAUUAUCGUAAAGCGGCAGAGGCAUUGAAAGAAUGGGGAUUGAAUGAAGGUGACGAUCUCGCCGACAUUCUACCGAAACUAUCGAUCCUACUUGGCCAUCUCGCCGAUGCCCAAUCGCGUUUCUCUGAUCAUGACGGCACUUAUCGGAUUCACUUCAAAAGCAUUCGGAUGCGCGAAGAGAGUUUGGCAGCCUUGAAGAAGAGCAAGGAGACCAUUCACGCCAAAAUCACAGGAUUAGAAAAGAAGAUCACCAAGAUGAGUAGCGAGAACAAAGACCUGCCGGCUCUAACAACUCGACUACAAGAAGCCCGCUCGGAACUGAUCAGUCUGGAGAACUCGGUGGCGAUUGAGGAUGCAAGAUUAUCUGAUUUCAAGCGGGAGACGGUGCGAGAAGGCCUGGGACUGAGACUGGGUGCAAUGCUCGAACUAGCCGAGAAGAUGACGAUCGUCUGCGAGUUUGGCAAGAUGCUGACAAACGAAGUCCCAAUCGAACGUACGCCACCCGGCGCUGCUCGGGCACCAUAUUGUGCAGCAAACAAGACCCAAGCCGUCGUCGAGGAGGCCCAGCGAUGCUUGACUCAGGUCGUCUUCAACCCCUCCCAUUCUGCGGGUCCUUUGAGCAUCGAAAACACAUCUGAAGUCCCUCCCUCUCAAUCACCUACUUCCGAGUCCGAACAUCCUAUCCCCCCUCACCAAGCCCCACAUCAUUCCGACGCCUCAAACAGCCUGCCCAUGGAACUACCACCCUUAUACUUUAGUCAAGCCGCAACCAACGAUCCCGCCAAGUCAUCCUCCCAAGCUGAUGCCAACCCCAACGGCUCGAGUUAUAACCAAGCAACACAUGCACCGCUCGAUAACUACUCUUCCUUGCCCUACACCCAGGAAUCAUCUGAGCCCUCGGCUCAUCCAACAAGCAACCCACAUUACUCCCACAACACUGACUCUACUUCAAGUCCCCCGUUGCCCUCAUCAUCCCAAAGUCCCGCUACCAUGGCCUCGCGUCUGGCCUCACGCGGUCCAGCUGAUACGGCUGGAGAGUCUCACGAGCGUCCAUCAUACAUCGAGAAUGUAUUUUAUGUCCGUGGCUUAAAUGGGGUGCCGCAGUCGACCGGCCCAGGGAACCCGACCGAGGCUGUAAACUCACCGAGCUCGAUCUACUCGCCCCCUCCGAGUGCGAAUCCGCCAUCCGAAGGCCAAGCUCGCUUGAGCCGGUACAGCCAGCCGAGUGUACAAAACAGUCCAUACCAAUACACAUCCAGCCUAGCGUCGGCCGAUGUGCCGCCGAAGACUUCAUCGGUAGUCGGGCGAAGUGAGACCGAUGAGCCGGUCACCAAGUCUCGAUACUCCCCUCGGCCGCGUGACCACUCGAUCUCCUCGGGCGUCUCCGGUGUGCCCACCAGCGACGGCCGGACUACUAACGCCGGUGCCUUCAGACGCGCCGCUGGUAACCAGCUCUCUAGUCCCCCAUCAAGCCAAGCCCGCUCGAUCGGCUCGACUCAGGCUUUCAUCGCCACAGACGAAGCUUUGACUACCGCCAAUUCAUCCACUGUGCAACCCCUGCAAAUCAAUAAGCGGGAUACUGCCGGAAGUGGUGAUCUUAGUACUCGAAGGAAUUCCUAAAACCACACACACUCCCUCUCUCUUUGGUUGUCAUCCUCUCCAAACACCCUAUCCCUUGCCAUUUUUUUUUUCUUCAGCUUAAAAACACUUGCUCAAAUUUCCCCCUACAUAUAUAUACAUUGCUGUAUUGCCACUUUCCAUUUUCUUAUAUUUUAUUGAAGAAAGUGAUCAUCCCUGAUCAUCAGUUUUUCUUUUUUUUUUUUGAAAAAAAGUACAGUUUAAUUGUUUCCUCUAAAUUUAACUCUCUUUCCUUAUCUUGUCCUCUCCCCUGAAAACCAGCACAUUUUUCUGAUUUCCUUCAUUUCUAGCUUCCUUCUCUUUCUCUUUCUC